UCUUCUCCAGUCUCACUCCAACGCGGAACUCUGGUUAUUUCUCUGAAAACCCUAAUCGCUCUUUACAUACCAAAUCUUCGAAUUAAAUUGGUUAUUUUUUUCUGUCCCAUUAUUUGAAGUUUUCGGAUACCGAUUUUCUUUUUAUAUUUUGGGAUAAAAAAAAUAUUUGGUUUUGAAAUCCAAAUAGCUAUGCCGCCGAAGCAGCAAUCGAAAGCCGAUGUGGCGAAGAAGCAGAAGGUCGUAGAGGAUAAGACCUUUGGGCUCAAGAACAAGAACAAGAGUAAGAAUGUCCAAAAGUAUGUUCAGAGCCUCAAACAGUCUGUUCAGCCGAAACCCGAUGCAGCUAAACUCACUGCCAAGAAAAAGAAGGAGGAAGAGAAAGCUAAAGAGAAAGAGCUGAAUGAUUUGUUCAAGGUUGCUGUCAGUCAACCCAAAGUUCCAGUUGGUGUCGAUCCCAAGUCUAUAUUGUGCGAGUUUUUCAAGGUCGGACAGUGUACUAAAGGUUUUAAAUGCAAGUUCUCACAUGAUUUGAAUGUCCAGAGGAAGGGUGAGAAGAUCGACAUUUACAGUGAUAAGCGUGAUGAAGACACCAUGGAGGACUGGGAUCAGGAGACACUGGAAAAGGUUAUUGAGUCAAAGAAGACCGAGUACAACCAGAACAAACCAACUGAAAUUGUUUGCAAAUACUUUUUGGAAGCUGUGGAAAAGAAACAGUAUGGUUGGUUCUGGUCUUGUCCGAAUGGUGGCAAAGAGUGUCACUACAGGCAUGCCCUUCCUCCUGGCUAUGUUUUAAAAUCUCAAAUGAAGGCACUUCUUGAGGAAGAGGCUGACAAAAUGCCGAUUGAGGAAGAAAUUGAAAAUCAGCGUUCCAAAUUAACAUCCUGCACUCCCAUGACGCCUGACCUAUUCUUCCAAUGGAAGAAGAAAAAGGUGGACGAGAGAGAUGCUGGCCUAGCUGCUCUACGAGCUGAUAGGGCAAAGAAUGACCGAAUGAGUGGUCGUGAGUUGUUUCUGUCAGAUGCGAGCUUGUUUGUGGAUGAUGCGGAGGCAUAUGAAAAAUACAAUAGGGAAGAACCUAACGAUGAUGAAGAAAAGGACGACAAGAAUGCUACCGCAGAGGGUCCAAGCUCCUCUUAUGAUGCUGUUUCCAACUCUGGAGAAGUCCCUGAUUUUGAUGAUGACGAUGACGAGCUGGACUUGGAUGAGUUGAAUGAGCUUGAAGCAAGUCUGUCGACAACCUCUAUUCAAAUCCGUGAGCCAGGUAUUGAGACAUCUUGAAAGAGAGGGAUUUCAAUUAGUGCUGUCAUUUUGCUUUAGAGUUAAUGAGGGACAAACGGGACUCCAAGUCCUACAAUUUUUAAUGAACUUUACAAGAGGAAUAAUGUAUAUCUUUUCUGCUGGGGUGUUGUGAAAUUAUGGGUACUACUAGUUCUUGCUGGUGAUAGGAUUGUGGUUUAUCAUUUAAUGUUAUCCAAUUUCCAAAUUUUGAUCAACCUUGUUCUUUCUCGUUUUAUUUAUUUAGGACAUGUUAUAAAUUUCCUCGAACUCUAUAUUUCA